GAAGUUAUUGUGCCUAUUUUGUAUACGGGAAAACUGAAAAUGAAAAGAAGCUACAUGUCCCAGAUGACACGAACAACGUGCAGUGGAUAAACCAGGACAGAAUACACGCCUCUGUGAAUGCAGAGCUCACGCUCCACCACUCUUUGCCGCCCACACGUAGGCUGUAUAUUCAUUCUCCCUCUGCAGGAAUGUUGCACAAGGUCAAACUUCCCCUAGUCGAGUAGCAGAGCUCUUCCUCUGACCCUCUGUGUGGUGGGCAACAGCUAAAUUUGGAGGUCACAGGGAAACAGUAACCAAUUCUAGAGCUAACACUUUCCAUGCGCUUGACUGAGUCACCGGGCAGAAGAAUAACCUUGCAACACCCUGGCCGCAAGGAACAAACACCUAGACUUGCCACUUCAUGCUUUCUUCCAUCUUGGUCCUCCCAGCCUGGGCAUUCGAGGCGAGAAGAGAGCCUAGACCACACUUCCCAUAACCAAAAUGGCAGCCGUGCACUCCUUGCCCACAGUUUACCACCUUCGUUCCAUCUCCAUGGUGCCGGCCUAGGCCAGGCGUGUAUGGAAACGUUGAGCAUUUCUCUCCCCUUCAUUUUUUGCGACAGUUGCAGCGAAAGUCACGGCAGUUGAGGCUGGUGUCAGCUGAUUUACUGCAACGGCGGCGGCGGCGGCGGCAGUAGCGGCAUCCUGCAGCCGCGGUGGAGAGACGGCAGCCGGGCUGGGGUUGUGGUCCCAAAGGUUUUCCCACCCAGAUUUUCCCACCCCACAUUCUUCUUAGAUACGUCCUUGUCUUGUGCUCCCUUGCUGGUGCGUCCGCUCAUGGUCCGACAGACAACAUCACGGCACGAGAUGAAGCUGUGACAGAUGGGGAAGCUGAGACCCAGAGGGGUAACUUUUUCAAGAUUGCAUAAAAGAGUCAGGACCUGAAUACCGUUCUUCUGAUUAUUUAAAACACAAUGGCAGGAAACAGCCUUGUUCUACCCAUCGUGCUUUGGGGUCGCAAAGCACCAACUCAUUGCAUCUCAGCAGUACUUUUAAUGGACGAUGGAGCCACAGUUGUAACUGGAUGCCAUGAUGGACAGAUAUGUCUCUGGGAUCUCUCAGUAGAAUUGGAAGUUAAUCCUCGAGCACUGUUAUUUGGUCAUACAGCUUCAAUCACCUGUUUAUCUAAAGCUUGUGCUUCUAGUGACAAACAAUAUAUAGUGAGUGCAUCUGAAAGUGGAGAAAUGUGCCUCUGGGAUGUGAGUGAUGGCAGAUGUAUUGAAUUUACAAAAUUAGCCUGCACACAUACUGGCAUACAGUUCUACCAGUUCUCUGUUGGAAAUCAGAGAGAAGGAAGGCUUUUAUGCCAUGGUCAUUAUCCAGAAAUCCUUGUUGUGGAUGCCACCAGCCUUGAAGUGUUAUACUCCUUAGUAUCAAAGAUAUCUCCAGACUGGAUUAGCUCCAUGAGUAUUAUUCGGUCCCACCGGACACAAGAGGACACGGUGGUAGCACUCUCUGUGACAGGCAUCUUGAAGGUGUGGAUUGUCACCUCUGAAAUAAGUGGCAUGCAGGAUACUGAGCCAAUAUUUGAGGAGGAAUCCAAACCAAUUUAUUGUCAGAAUUGCCAAAGCAUCUCUUUUUGUGCAUUCACACAGAGGUCGCUUUUGGUUGUGUGCUCUAAAUAUUGGAGGGUAUUCGAUGCUGGAGACUAUUCCCUGUUGUGUUCAGGUCCCAGUGAAAAUGGACAGACGUGGACCGGAGGUGACUUUGUGUCAGCAGAUAAAGUCAUCAUUUGGACUGAAAAUGGGCAAAGUUAUAUUUACAAACUACCUGCCAGUUGCCUUCCAGCUAGCGAUUCAUUCCGCAGUGAUGUGGGGAAAGCUGUUGAGAAUUUAAUUCCUCCUGUACAGCAUAGCCUCUUGGAUCGAACAGAUAAAGAGUUGUUAAUUUGCCCUCCUGUUACUCGGUUCUUCUAUGGAUGCAGAGAAUACUUCCAUAAACUAUUAAUUCAGGGAGAUUCUUCUGGAAGAUUGAAUAUUUGGAACAUUUCAGACACACCCGAUAAACAGGAAGGUAAAGAAGGGUUGGAAAUGACAACUUCUGUUAGUUUGCAAGAGGCAUUUGAUAAGCUGAAUCCUUGUCCCGCUGGAAUUAUCGAUCAGCUGAGUGUGAUCCCCAGUAGUAAUGAACCUCUUAAAGUAACUGCGAGUGUGUACAUACCAGCACAUGGACGACUUGUCUGUGGCCGUGAGGACGGUAGCAUCAUCAUUGUGCCUGCCACGCAGACAGCCAUAGUUCAGCUGCUUCAGGGGGAACACAUGCUCCGAAGAGGUUGGCCACCUCACAGAACACUUCGUGGUCAUCGGAACAAAGUCACAUGUUUGCUAUAUCCUCAUCAGGUCUCAGCUCGUUAUGAUCAAAGAUAUCUGAUAUCUGGAGGUGUGGAUUUUUCGGUCAUAAUUUGGGACAUAUUUUCUGGAGAAAUGAAACAUAUCUUCUGUGUACAUGGUGGCGAGAUCACUCAACUUCUAGUUCCACCUGAAAACUGUAGUGCAAGGGUACAGCACUGCGUCUGCUCUGUAGCCAGUGACCACUCAGUAGGACUCCUCAGUUUGCGAGAGAAAAAAUGCAUUAUGCUGGCAUCUCGUCAUCUUUUCCCAAUUCAAGUGAUCAAGUGGAGGCCUUCUGAUGAUUACCUAGUAGUGGGCUGUGCAGAUGGCUCUGUGUACGUCUGGCAAAUGGAUACUGGUGCAUUGGAUCGUUGUGUGAUGGGAAUAACAGCAGUAGAGAUACUAAAUGCUUGUGAUGAAGCAGUUCCUGCCGCAGUGGAUUCACUUAGUCAUCCAGCAGUCAAUCUAAAACAAGCUAUGACAAGACGUAGUCUUGCUGCUCUUAAAAAUAUGGCCCAUCAUAAGCUACAGACCCUUGCAACUAACCUCUUGGCUUCUGAGGCAUCUGACAAAGGAAAUUUACCUAAAUAUUCUCAUAACUCCCUGAUGGUUCAAGCAAUAAAGACAAACCUAACAGACCCAGACAUACACGUGCUUUUCUUUGAUGUGGAAGCGUUGAUUAUUCAACUCCUGACCGAAGAAGCCUCUAGGCCGAACACUGCGCUUAUUUCCCCAGAGAAUUUGCAAAAAGCAUCUGGCAAGUCAGACAAAGGGGGCUCUUUUCUAACUGGAAAACGAGCAGCAGUUCUCUUCCAGCAAGUGAAGGAAACUAUCAAAGAGAAUAUAAAGGAGCAUCUCCUUGACGACGAAGAGGAGGAUGAGGAGACAAUGAGGCAGAGGAGGGAAGAAAGUGAUCCCGAAUAUCGAGCCAGCAAAUCUAAGCCAUUGACCCUAUUAGAAUAUAAUUUAACCAUGGACACUGCAAAAUUGUUCAUGUCCUGUCUCCAUGCCUGGGGUUUGAAUGAAAUUCUGGAUGAAGUUUGUCUCGAUCGCCUUGGAAUGCUGAAACCCCAUUGCCCAGUAUCGUUUGGUCUCUUGUCAAGAGGAGGUCAUAUGUCUCUGAUGCUCCCUGGUUAUAAUCGGGCUGCUUGUAAACUGUCACAUGAGAAAGCAGAAGUAGGAAGGAAGCUGCCAGCGACCGAGGGAGUAGGAAAGGGCACCUAUGGAGUGUCCCGAGCCGUCACCACACAGCAUCUCCUGUCUGUCAUCUCUCUGGCAAAUACCUUAAUGAGUAUGACAAAUGCAACUUUUAUUGGUGAUCAUAUGAAGAAGGGCCCUACCAGGCCACCUAGACCAAGCACCCCAGACCUUUCUAAGGCACGGGGUUCUCCUCCAACUUCCAGAAAUAUUGUGCAAGGACAGAUUAAACAAGGAUGGAGUCAAUUGGCUGCUAUGCACUGUGUGAUGCUGCCGGACCUGCUGGGGUUGGACAGAUUCAGGCCUCCACUUCUGGAGAUGCUCGCUCGGAGGUGGCAAGAUCGGUGCCUGGAGGUCAGAGAGGCCGCGCAGGCCCUGCUUCUAGCGGAACUGAGAAGAAUCGAGCAGGCGGGAAGGAAGGAAGCCAUCGAUGCCUGGGCUCCUUAUUUACCUCAGUACAUGGACCAUGUCAUAUCACCUGGGGUCUCAGCAGAAGCCAUGCAGACAGUCACCACGGCUCCUGAUACUACCUCGGGGCCAGAAGCCAAAGUCCAAGAGGAAGAGCACGACCUCGUAGAUGAUGACAUCACGACCGGUUGCUUAGCAAAUGUCCCACAAAUGAAAAAAAUUUCCACAUCUUAUGAGGAAAGACGGAAACAAGCCACUGCUAUUGUUCUACUAGGAGUAAUAGGAGCUGAAUUUGGUGCUGAAAUUGAACCUCCUAAACUGUUGACCAGACCUCGAAGCUCUAGUCAAAUUCCUGAGGGAUUUGGUUUGACUAGUGGUGGAUCCAACUACUCACUGGCCAGACAUACUUGCAAGGCACUGACCUUUCUUCUGCUACAGCCACCGAGCCCCAAACUUCCUCCACACAGCACCAUCCGAAGAACAGCCAUAGAUCUGAUUGGACGCGGUUUCACAGUCUGGGAGCCGUACAUGGAUGUGUCCGCCGUCCUGAUGGGGCUCCUCGAACUCUGUGCGGACGCCGAGAAGCAGCUCGCCAACAUCACAAUGGGGCUGCCUCUGAGCCCGGCAGCUGACUCCGCCCGCUCUGCAAGGCAUGCCCUCUCGCUCAUUGCCACUGCCAGACCACCCGCCUUCAUUACGACUAUAGCCAAAGAGGUGCACAGACAUACUGCUCUCGCAGCGAAUACCCAGUCGCAGCAAAAUAUGCACACCACAGCUCUUGCACGAGCUAAAGGGGAAAUUCUGAGAGUCAUUGAAAUUCUUAUUGAAAAGAUGCCCACAGAUGUUGUGGAUCUUCUUGUGGAGGUUAUGGACAUCAUUAUGUACUGCCUUGAAGGAUCUUUAGUUAAAAAGAAAGGUCUUCAGGAGUGUUUCCCCGCCAUCUGCAGGUUCUACAUGGUCAGCUAUUAUGAGCGGAAUCACAGAAUAGCAGUUGGAGCUCGCCAUGGUUCAGUGGCCUUGUACGACAUCCGGACUGGAAAAUGUCAGACCAUCCAUGGACACAAGGGACCAAUCACUGCAGUGGCCUUUGCUCCCGAUGGACGAUACCUUGCCACCUACUCAAACACCGACAGCCACAUUUCUUUCUGGCAGAUGAACACCUCACUGCUGGGAAGCAUCGGCAUGCUGAACUCGGCACCUCAGCUGCGCUGCGUUAAAACCUACCAGGUGCCCCCGGUGCAGCCGGCCUCCCCCGGCUCGCACAACGCGCUCAGGCUGGCCCGGCUCAUCUGGACUUCCAACCGCAACGUCAUCCUGAUGGCGCACGACGGGAAGGAGCACCGCUUCAUGGUCUGACGCCGCGCCCGCCGCCGCGACCGCAUCUCGGCGCUGUCGGCCCUCUACGCAGAGAUCCCCCGUCCUAACUUCUGCCGGUCAUUCCUCAGUGCCUGCCCACGCCAGUGUCAUCCAGGGGCGCGGCCAGGCCCGUGUCACUUCUGCAUGGUUCUCGGGGUAGACUCCUGCUCGUGCCACCUAUUGAUUCAGAGGCAUGCCCACGUGGCUCUGCAGGAUGUGGCCCUUCUGUCACUAGGUCUUUUUUUUCCUACUGGAGGGGGAGGGGAAGCCGGCAGUCGGCCCCAGGAGCACUCCUGUGUCUGGGUGCACCAGCAGCCCGAAAAUCAAUAAGCACUGUGAUUGCACUCCCAGCCCAGGUCAGCGUUUUCCUCGAGCUAAACCCCAUUUCUAAAGCACUGCUUGAGCCUGGUCAUUUCGACGUUGGAUUUUGAAGAAACGUGGUAGUCCUAAUUGUCGAAAUUAUUUUCCUUUGGAUUUCCUAAAACAUACUGUUGUUUACCAAAAAGAUUCUUUGUUUACAUGGGGCUUUUUUUUUUUCCUUCAGCUGGUAGUUAGGAAAUCACUCAAUCCAAUUUCCUAGAGCUUAGCCACUACCUUCUUUAUUAACACGUAACCAACGUGAAAGGAAUGAGAAAAUAUACCAAAAAAUUUUUUUUCCUCGUGGAGAACAGUUUCCCAGACACCUUGCCCUCUAAAAUGCUCAUAUCCUGCUUAAGCGAUGCUGUAUUUAAUAGUUUAAAAUAAAAAUCACUACUUAUGGUCUAGUUAAUAUAACUAUCAGUUGCUAUAACUAAUCUCUUAAAUAGACUUUUGUAAUAACCCAGUUUGGAAGCAUAACAUAUCUCAAAAGAAGACACUGCAUCUAUCACAACAGAUCUUUUGAAGCAAGAGCUUACCCCUUUCUUCUAGAAACUUUACAGAUGUGCAGUUCCCAUGUCAUUUAUCACAUAAUAGUUACAAUUCAGCCUCAAACUACUACUGGUCAAUUAAAGGAAAACUAAGCAUUUCUUUCAAACAUGUAUUCUAGAAAAUUAGUAACUAUGGCACAAGCAUUCAGGAGUAUACAUAGAAAUAUGACGGCUCAAUCAAUCUGAGCAAAUAUUGCAAUGAGAGUGUACAUUACACUUUGUAGUCAGCUUUAACGAGGUUGCUUUCUUAUGUCAAAUUCUGCUGUUUCUUGCUCAUAGUAAUGGGGAAAAAAAAUCCAUAAAAUAAUAUUCUGUAUGAAUUGCUCCUAACAAACCUUGAUCUGUAUAUUAUUGGGGAGUUAGUUGGUUGUCGAUUGGUUGGUUAGUUGGAUAAAAUGGUUUAUUAAUGUAAAAAUAAAAAAUGAUUUGUGAAAUUCAGAGAAAAUAUGUGAAACUUACAGAGGAACCAAAACGAUAAUGGGGGAUUUAAUUUAAAAAGCAUAGCAGUCAGAGUUCGUGUAAUAUUACAAAAGAAUAGGAUGACGGUCCGGGAACAAAUACAUCUGUUAUUUUAUUGAAACAGAUUUUUCAAGAACAUGUUAAGAAAUGAAGACCGCUAGAACGUUUCUUUCAUAUUAAUAUAAAGUAUGUUAUUUCCAUUGAUGGCAAACCUGUACUAUUCCUUGGUUGUAGACUUUGGGUGUUCUUUCAAAGUGAAUUUAUGCCACAUGCAUGUACAUUGUAUUUAUAAAGAUUAUAUAUGUAGUUUCCAGGAAGAAACAGAACUAUACAGUGUAGACUUUAUUUGUUUGCUGAACAUACUGUUGUGUUCAAUAUAGGUGGAGAAACCUGAAGUAAACAAAAGAUGAACUUGGCUUUUCCAGUGGGUUCCCGAACCCAGCACAUGUUUACUUUAUGAACUGAAAGGGGGAUUAAUUUAUUCUAGACGACACAGCUGUUUUGGAAUGAUGACAUAGAAGUGUACAUUAGAGAUUUUUUUUGAAACAAAAUGCUCAGUGUGUCUGUAGAAAGGUGUGAGACCACCACACAUACGCACAGGGUUGGCACACACUGCAGAGAUGUAGAACAAAGCGGUGGCAGCCAGAGGAUCAACACACCUGGGCAGUGGGCGUCGGCCAGCCUGUCACGCGUUGUCUUCACAGACAACCGAAAUUACUGGCCAGUAGAAUAUUACAAUUACAAAACCGUGGGGUGGGCGAUAGUUGAUGGCCAGUAGAAUAUUACAAUUACAAAACCGUGGGGUGGGUGAUAGUUGAUGGUUGGACAGAUAGCUCUCACUGCUAAACUAAUAUUUGCAUUCUUGUUAACACAAAUCUCUCCUUGGCUAUUUCGACGACCACAGUCCAAACUUCUUCACAGCUUGGAUUUCACAGCACUGAGGUAAACUUUGUAUUGUCAUCCAGUGUACGCUUUUAGUAUUUUAUUAAUUUCCUUGGCCCCGUACUUGGACCUGUUCUUGUAAAUGUAGAGACAUAUGUGGCUUCAUUGGUAAUUUACAAGCGAAGGAUGACAUGACGUGACACCUGCGUGAAAGUGUAAUGAUCGAACUCACUGUGUACAGCAAAUGAAUUAAAAUGUCUGCCUCUCAAGACAUUUCUUGAUUACUCCACUUAAUAGAUUCUGUAUGUGCUGAAUGUUGCUCUGUACAUAUGUGUGUUAAAUAAACCGAAUUGUACCGAAGAUUGUUUUUCCCAUUAAAAACAUUGUUCACUCUUAAA